AUGCGCACUGCAGCGGUAAGAGCUCUGCGCAAUGCGAGGCUAGUAUCCACCCAGGCCUCAAGGUCCGUGGCGAGGAACUAUGCCACCAUCAGAGAUCCUCUGCACAAAGAUCCUGUUGAAUUAGAUCACAUCACGCAGUUACCUAAUGGCGUUCGAGUCGCUACCGAAUCACUACCGGGUCCCUUCUCAGGCGUGGGCGUCUACCUUGAUGCCGGUUCUCGAUAUGAGGAUGAAUCUCUACGGGGUGUCAGUCAUAUCGUGGACCGUCUGGCCUUCAAGUCGACAAAGUCGAGGACUGCAGACCAGAUGUUGGAGGCCUUGGAAUCGCUGGGCGGAAACAUUCAGUGUGCAUCCUCCAGAGAAGCUUUGAUGUAUCAGUCCGCCACUUUCAAUACCAGCGUCCCCGACACGAUCGCGCUGCUCGCAGAAACCAUUCGAGAUCCUUUAAUUACAGAUGAAGAGGUGGCACAGCAGCUGGAAACCGCCGAGUAUGAGAUCCAGGAAAUCUGGGCCAAACCAGAUUUGAUCAUUCCCGAACUAUUGCACAUGGCCGCAUACAAGGAUAACACGUUGGGACACCCUCUUUUGUGCCCCCGGGAGAGGCUGCCUUACAUCACAAAGGGCCUGAUUGAGAAGUAUCGAAAUACCUUCUACAAGCCGGAGCGGAUAGUGGUCGCUUUUGCCGGCAUUCAGCACGACGAAGCUGUUCGCCUGACCGAGAAAUAUUUUGGGGAUAUGGCAAAAUCGGAAACACCCUCACUAUCACAAAAUACAUCGCAAUCGACCGAACCAAACCCACCGCAGACAAAUACACAACAGCAGCCUCCACCACCACAAUCUCCCACAAGCAGGCUUUUGUCGAAGAUUCCCGGGUUCAACAGCUUCUCCACCUCCGCACCGCAUCAAGCAACCGUAUCGCCACUUGAUCCCUCUCUAAUCCAACCUCCUCCUGAAUCUCUUCUAACAAUGCCGUCUCACUACACGGGAGGCUAUCUAGCGCUGCCCACGCUACCCCCGCCACCAAACAAAUUUACGAUCCCUCUGUCUUACGUCCAUGUUGCAUUUGAAGGUGUGCCCAUUUCUUCCGAAGAUAUCUACGCCCAAGCGACGCUACAGACUCUGCUAGGAGGUGGUGGGUCGUUUUCUGCCGGCGGUCCUGGUAAAGGAAUGUAUUCUCGACUCUACACAAACGUUCUCAAUCAGCACGGAUGGGUCGAGAGCUGCGUGGCUUUCAACCACAGCUAUACAGACAGCGGUCUCUUCGGGAUCGCCGGAGCUUGUGAGCCCGGUCGAGUCGGUCACAUGGUGGACGUAAUUUGCCGCGAACUCCAAGCGCUCACAUUGGACUCCGGCUUCUCCAGUUUGAACAUUGCGGAAGUCAACCGAGCCAAAAACCAACUGCGAUUUAGCCUUCUGAUGAACCUCGAGUCGAGGCUGGUUGAAUUGGAGGACCUGGGCCGACAAGUUCAGGUUCAUGGUCGAAAAGUCGGCGUCAAGGAAAUGUGCGAAAAAAUAGAUGCUCUGACAGUAGCCGAUUUGAGACGGGUCGCCACGCAAAUCUUCACGGGGAAGGUAGACAAUAGGGGCCAUGGUACCGGCGCACCGACGGUGGUCAUCCAAGAGGGGGAAGACUUGACUGGGAAAAAGGUCAGGCAAAUACCAUGGGAAGAUGUCCAGUCCCGGAUUGCAAGAUGGAAACUGGGACGAUUGUAG